CUACCUGAGGAAGCGGGGAAGCGCCGUCAGCCCCGACGGAGCCUCCUCUCGGGGGCGGGCGGGCGCUCGGGCACUUGCCUAAGUCUUACCUGGCUCCCGCCCUGCCCGAGGAGGUACAGGCUUCUCUGCCUUACAGGAGAGAAAAGCAAGGCUCACCGCAGCUUCUCGGAGCCAAAUGAGGACUAAGACUGACUCGGACGCUCUGGACAUCAGCACCAAAGUGCAGCUCUACGGUGUGCUGUGGAAGCGGCCCUUCGGUAGGCCGUCGGCCAAGUGGUCCCGGCGGUUUUUCAUCAUCAAAGAGAGCUUUCUUCUCUACUACUCUGAGAGCGAAAAAAAGAGCUUUGAAACCAAUAAAUACUUCAAUAUACAUCCUAAGGGUGUCAUCCCUCUGGGAGGCUGCCUGGUGGAGGCCAAAGAAGAGCCCAGCAUGCCCUACGCCAUGAAAAUCUCCCACCAGGAUUUCCAUGGGAACGUCUUACUGGCUGCCGAGUCCGAGUUUGAGCAGACCCAGUGGCUGGAGAUGCUGCAGGAGUCUGGGAAGGUGACUUGGAAGAAUGCCCAGCUGGGAGAAGCCAUGAUCAAAAGCCUGGAGGCCCAGGGGCUGCAGUUGGCCAAGGAGAAGCAGGAGUAUUUAGACAAACUGAUGGAGGAGACCGAAGAGCUCUGCCUUCAGAGGGAGCAGAGAGAGGAACUUGAGCGCCUGAACCAAGUGCUGGAGGCUGAGAAGCAGCAAUUUGAGGAGGUGGUACAGGAGCUGAGGAUGGAGCAGGAACAGAUCAAGAGGGAGCUAGAACUGACUGCAAGAUGCCUCAAGGGGGUGGAGCAAGAGAAAAAGGAGCUGAGGCACUUCACGGAGUCCUUACAGCAGACGCUGGAGGAACUCUCUAUAGAGAAGAAGAAAACCCUGGAAAUGCUGGAGGAGAAUGAGAACCAGCUGCAGACACUGGCCAAUCAGAGUGAGCAGCCCCCUCCCAGCGGGGGUCUCCAUAGCAACCUGAGGCAGAUUGAGGAGAAGAUGCAGCAGCUCCUGAAGGAGAAGCUCCUGGCGGAGAAGCGGAUGAAGGAGAAUGAGGAGCGCUCGCGAGCCCUGGAGGAGGAGCGGGAGUUCUACUCCAGCCAGUCCCAGGCGCUGCAGAACUCGCUGCAGGAGUUGACGGCAGAGAAGCAGCAGGCUGAGCAGGAGCUCAAGGCUGAGGUGAAGGUCCGCAUGGACUUGGAGAGGCGUCUGCGGGAGGCUGAGGGGGCCUUGCGGAGCCUGGAACAAGGGCUCAACUCCAAGGUGCGGAACAAGGAGAAGGAGGAGAGGAUGCGGGCUGACGUGAGCCACCUGAAGCGGUUCUUCGAAGAGUGCAUUCGGAAUGCCGAACUGGAGGCCAAGAUGCCAGUCAUCAUGAAGAACUCGGUGUACAUCCACAAGGCGGCCACUCGCCGCAUCAAGAGCUGCCGCUUCCACCGGCGCCGGUCCAGCACCUCCUGGAAUGACGUGAAGCCAUCCCAGUCCUUCAUGACCUCCCAGCUGGAAGCCAACAACAUGGAGGAGCUGAAGGAGGUGGCCAAGCGGCUCAGCCGGGACCAGCGCUUCCGCGAAUCCAUCUACCACAUCAUGGCAACCCAGUCCGGAGCCCCCUCUGUGCUUCCCCGGGGAGGGAAGUGAUGGGCGCUCUUCCCCUGCCCCCUAAGUUUCUGCUCUUUGGGGCAGGAAGGGGCUUCAGGGGGAGGCCUGACUCCACCUGGCUCCUCUUUGCCAGAGCUCCACCUAGGGGCCAGCCUCAACCGCAAAGGUCGGGGUGCCACCCACCUACCCUCUCCCCAGACCCUGCCCUUGGGUCUAGGCCAGGCCCCUGCAGGCCCAAGCUGGGGGCUGCCUGGUUGUCAUGAUAAAGUGAGGAAGGGGCCUGGUUGUACAUACAGGCCUCUUUGGUUGGGGAGUGGGGUGGGCAUGGCCCACUGUACCUCUCUGUGACUCUGCCACCCUCCCCACCUUGACAUUUGCUUUCCCAGGGCUUCCGAACCCUUUCUUUGCUUCUGAGACCCGUAGGCUUCCCUCAAUGAAGGCUCCUCACUUUGACAUCACUGUGAGGUGGGGAGGAGAGGGACCUGGCACAGUAUCUCCUGGGCUCAUGCAUACCACACACACCUUUCCUGAGGUUGGGCUCUGGCUGUGGGACACUCACUCAUUCCCCUCCUCAGCUGAGCUCACCCACCUGCAGCCUCAGCACCCUUCAGGGGAGAUGUGACCCCUGGCACCCCUCCUGUAUAUGUACCGAGGGCCCUGGGUGAGAGCUCCAGCCAGCAGUGAGGCUGAGGUCUCCCCCAGAGGACAGGUAGCAAGUCAGAGUGGAAGAAAGUGGCUGGCUCCUGCAUCAUCUCCUUCUGGUCGAGCAGGGAGGCAGCUCCCUCUGGCUCCAGUGGCCUUGCUGGUCUAGGGGAUCACAGAUGGUACCCUCUCAGCUGCCCCAACUUUGAUCACCUUGCCGCCUCCUCUCCCUGCAGGGGCUUUACCCAGUGAAACAAUGACCACAAAUGCUGGAAGAUGGGGGGCUUGGGCCUGUGAUAAGGCCAGUAGCUAUUCCUUGGUCCAGAGUCAUCAGGGGUAAAGCUGAAACAUCUAUCUGCAGCUUUGGUGGGAGACACUGCCCUCCAAGUGGCUGAGGGCUGUGUCCCUCACCCGUGGACAGACUGUCUGCCCUGUUCUUUUCCCUCCGAAACUGUCCGAGUCUGUUGGUCUUUCCAGAAAAGGGGCCUCCCUGGGGUCAGGGUGCUCAGGGACCCUGGUGGUACUAAAGAUACUGAUCUGCUGCUGCUUAGAAAACAGCGCCCGGUCUGAAAGGUGGACAGAUGGCUGCGGGGCAGGGUCCUGCAGCCUGUUCUGUGGGAAAAGGAGUGUCGCUGACUCAGAACAUGCACGUGUCUACCGCUAGGCCGGCCAAGGCCAGACAGGCUGCCCUGCUCCGCGCUCAGGGCUGCCUGGCGAAGUGAACCUCAGCGGUCCCUUCUCCAUGGUGGGCGGACUUGGAUGGCUUCAGCCAGUCUCUUCAGAGCCUGGGUGGGAACAAGGCUGGAGGCGCUUCAGAACCAGUUCUUCUGAAAGGGGAUGUGUCUAAAUGUAAAAGCUUUAAAUGUAUAGAACCCUGCAUAAACCUGGAACUCAUGUAUCUAACAUGUAUGUAGGAUGGACUUUGAAAUGAGGACAAUUUAUAAGCCAAGAUUACAAUUUUAUUUUUUGUUUUUAAAGAAUCAGAUUAAUAAUGGUUUGCUCUUGGAGAAAGAUCUUCUGGAAAUUUUCAAAUGUUUUUCCCCCUGGGCAAGCUGUUCACCAGAGAGGAAAGUGCUUCUCCACGCACAUUCACCAAACUCUAGUUCCUAUCCCCCUAGGUCACCCUGUACUUUCCAUGCCUCGGCAAGUCUGGGUUAUUUUCAACCAACUGAUCAAUCCAUAAGUAUUUAUUUGUUAAAAACUUACUACUGUACCUAGCACUGUAAAUAGGAAAAGAGCGACAUCUCUAUGUGAAAAUAUGUGGAGGUGGAAAUUGCUCACUGGAAAUAUACUGAUGUGAUUUUUUUUUAAAACAAAGCAAAGCCCUAUUCUUGGCUAAUUAAAAGUGUUUUCCUGCA